AUGGACCGACCACCUGAAGAUGCGCAGUCCCAGGCGGAUGCGCCGAGUACUACGGGCAGUCUGACAUCGUCCCGGGUCACCCUCAUCACCGAGCAGUUAGAAACGCCGUCUCUCGAUGACCGCUCCUACCGGGUCAUCAUGCUCCCGAACCAGCUGGAGGCCCUGCUGGUUCAUGAUCCCAAGAUAGACAAGGCCAGCGCAGCUAUGGAUGUCAACGUGGGAAGCUACAGUGAUGAAGACGACAUGCCCGGAACGGCCCAUGCCCUCCUCUUCAUGGGCAACAAGAAGUAUCCGGCCGAGAAUGCCUACCAUCAGUAUAUUGCUGCACACUCUGGAGUGACCAACGCAUACACUGCGGCAACUUCCACAAACUACCAUUUUGAAGUCUCAGCUAAGCCCAGCAAUGGAGAGGAGCCAUCGGCCACCAACCCUUCGCCGCUGCUUGGUGCCCUGGACCGUUUCGCCCAGUUCUUCAUUGCGCCGUUGUUCCUGGAAAACACCCUCGACCGUGAACUCCGCGCCGUGGACUCUGAGAACAAGAAGAACCUGCAAAACGACCAGUGGCGCCUGCAUCAGCUCAAAAAAUCCCUCUCUAACCCUGAACACCCCUUUUGCCACUUCUCCACGGGCAACCUCGAAACCCUCAAGACCAUACCCGAGUCUCGCGGAAUCAAUGUCCGAGACAAGUUUAUCGAAUUUUAUGAAAAGCACUACUCGGCUAACCGGAUGAAGCUGUGUGUCUUGGGGAGAGAGUCGCUGGAUGUGCUCCAGGAGUGGGUCGUCGAGCACUUUUCGAAAGUACCAAACAAGAACCUGCCCCGUAACGUGUGGACAGAUGUCGUCCCGUACACCAAAGAGCAGCUUGGAAUGCAGAUCUUUGCGAAGCCCGUCAUGGAUGUUCGAGAAAUCAGUUUGGUAUUUCCGUUCAUGGAGCAGGAACAGUAUUGGGAAUUCCAACCCAGCCGCUACAUCAGCCAUCUUAUCGGCCAUGAAGGUCCUGGGAGCAUUAUGGCUUAUAUCAAGUCUAAGGGCUGGGCUAACGGUCUAUAUGCUGGUUCCUGGGCUGUUGGCCCUGGUACACCGGAUCUCUUUGAGGUCCAGAUUACGUUAACAGAAGAGGGGCUUAAAAACUACAAAGAGGUAGUCAAGGUUGUCUUCGAGUACAUUGCGCUCCUGCGUGAGACCGAACCCGAGGAGUGGAUCUUCGAAGAGCAGAAGCUGUUGUCGGAGGUCAACUUUAAGUUCAGGGAAAAGACUCAGUCCUAUCGCUUCACGAGCAAGCUCAGUUCAACUAUGCAAAAACCUUUGCCACGGAAGUUUUUGUUGAGCGCGUAUAGCGUGCUGCGUAAGUUCAACCCAGACCUGAUCAAGGAGGGACUCGACUACCUGCGACCUGACAACUUCUUCCUGAACAUCGUGUCCCGAACUUACCCGGGUACAUGGGAGAACAAGGAGAAGUGGUACGGCACAGAAUACACAUGCCAACCCAUUCCGUGUGAUUUCAUGGAGGAAAUCAAGAAGGCGGCCGCUAGCACUCCGGCCACUCGUACAGCCAAGAUCCAUCUCCCGCACAAGAACCAGUUCAUACCGAUGAAGCUUGAUGUCGAGAAGAAGGACAUCAAGGAGCCGGCGCUGGCGCCUCGCAUUAUCCGGAAUGAUCCGAUCGUUCGUACUUGGUUCAAGAAGGACGAUACCUUCUGGGUCCCGAAAGCAACCUUGAUCAUCAGCUGCAGGAGCCCGCUGGCUUCUGCAUCAGCAGCUAAUCACGUCAAGGUUCGUCUCUUCACUGACCUCGUGAAGGAUGCUCUGGAGGAGUACUCCUACGAUGCAGAGCUGGCUGGUUUGGAGUACACAGUCACUCUCGAUGCUCGUGGUCUCCUCAUCGAGUUGUCCGGCUACAAUGACAAGCUACCCCUGCUCCUGCAACAUGUCCUGGUCACAAUACGCGAUCUGGAGAUACGCGAUGAUCGCUUUGAGAUCAUCAAGGAGCGUUUGAGUAGGGGCUACCGUAACUGGGAGCUCGCUACGCCGUGGAACCAAAUCAGCGAUUACAUGUCUUGGCUGACGAUUGAUCGCGGGUAUCUUGUUGAGGAGCUUGGAGCCGAGCUGCCAUAUAUCACGGCCGAUUCUGUCCGCAUGUUCCAGAAGGAGCUGCUUGCCCAGAUGCACAUCGAGAUCCUAGCCCAUGGCAAUCUCUACAAGGAGGAUGCGCUCAGGCUGACGGACUUGGUCGAGUCCACAUUCAAGCCGCGAGAACUUCCCAAGCAGCAAUGGACGGUUCGUCGUGGAUUGAUCCUCCCGUCCGGCUCCAACUACAUUUGGAAGAAAAAACUCAAGGAUCCGGCGAACGUCAACCACUGUAUCCACUACUGCCUACACGUCGGCUACCGGGGGGAUUACACUGUUCGGGCGAAAGUUUUGCUCUUGGAUCAGAUUCUCCACGAGCCCUGCUUCAACCAACUGCGUACAAAAGAGCAGCUGGGCUAUGUUGUCUACUCAGGGGCAUGGGCCAGCCCGACCCAAUUUGGGUUCUAUAUCAUCAUUCAGAGCGAAAAGCCUGGUCCAUACUUGGAGACACGCAUUGAAGACUUCUUGCGCAAUGGUGGCAAGCUGCUCGAAGAGAUGAGCGAGGAGGAGUUUGAGAGCAAUAAGCGCAGCAUUAUUGACAAACGUCUCGAGAAACUCAAGUAUAUGGAGCAGGAGAGCAACCGUCACUGGACUCACAUUUACACAGAGUUUUACGCUUUCGAUAAUGCCCAGCAAGAUGCGGAGCAUAUCAAACUGCUUACUAAGGCCGAAAUGAUUGAGUUUUUCAAGUACUAUAUUGACCCGAGCUCGCCCACCCGGGCCAAGCUCGCCGUAUAUUUAGAAGCGCAGGCCAAGAGCGAUGUGUCAACACAACAGAUCACUGAACUGGUCAAGACGCUGGAUCUCGACUCGGCCGCGGCUGCCAGGGCAGCGACAGAUCUACAGGCCCGCUUGAGUGCGGCUGGCCCCAACGUGGAGAAGGAACUGGAAGGGCUACGAGAGUAUCUUGCCAAGGACUUGAAGGUUGCCGAAGACAAGAUUGAGGCGGCGUCCCAAGCAUGGCGUAAGCUUCAUGAGGAGCAUGGACUCGGUAAUGAAGCGGCCAACGCAGAACCGCCAUCAGCGAACGGGAUCAAGCCUAUCUUUAUCGAGGACGUUCGGUCGUUUAAGGCCAGUCUCCCGGCGAGUAACGGCCCUAAGCCAAUGAGGGAUUUGAGCCAGGGCACAGUGCGAAUGUUGGAGCCUCCUCUUGCAGCAUCACCGCAGUCUGCGUUAUGGUUCCUGAUAACUUCACGCAUAUCCUGGGCUGACGAAGAAAGCGCCACGGUCGCUGAUGCCCUGCAGGAACCGGCCGCUUCUUCCGUCUUCCUUCUUCCCUUGGCUGCCUUCGACUUCGUCGUCCGUUCUUCCGCCCGCGUCCGCGCCUGCGUCUGUCGCCGCAAAUCAGCAAACCCACCUCCUUCUUUGCCGCCGCCGCUGCAGCUCACAUUCACCACGUCUUCCCAAAAGAAACGGAGGAUUACGCGCCAGACGACAAGGGAGCACAAGCCUGAGGACUUGGUACUUCCCUCCACCGAACACGACGACGUCGAUCCAACCUUUUCGUUCUCGGCUGCUUCUACAUCGGGCCUGAGCACGCCCACAACCAGCUUCGUUGCUCGUGCUGCGUCGCUACCUCCUUCCGUCCUCCCUCCCCGCCUGCAGACGGCUCACGCUGCUUCGUUAGCCGACUCUGCUUCCUCAGCCGCCAGCUCGCCUUGUGCUGCCUCGGCCGACUUCUCCGUCGACUUCGACCGGAACCCAGAUCCUCUGCCCGAGUCUGGCGUGGCUUUACUGCCCCUUGAGUCCCAUAACUUCAGACGCGCGGGCAGCCAGUCUCCAAUCCAUCAAUCUGUUCGCCGGGCUCUGAUGGGUGGCGCCUCGGAUCUUCCUCAGCGCUCUUCUUCGCCGCUCAAGCGCAGGGCAUCCAGCAUGGAGCCGGAACACGACGUUAAGCUUGUCGACACCAGGGAUGAUGUGGACAUGAUCGUUGUGCCGGAAUCCCAGAGGGAGCAGUCGGUGGCCCCUCAAGACCCGAAGGAGCAGCGAAAUAACACACACCAGGAUGGUGCCAAGGCUUCUGGGGCCGACAAGGAGGAGGAACUUCCCUUACUGAAUGAUAUUCCUCCUCUAGACCAGCAGAUCAAGACCAUCGAGACGCUUGUUAAGGCGUUUGCUGAGACCCCGAUCAAGGAAGGGGAUCAGGCCUACCUUGUGUCGCGCAUGUGGCUGAGCAAGGCGCAGGCGUUUGGUUCUGAGGCCAAGCAUGCCACCCAAGAGUCGAUUGGGACACUAGGGCCUGUCGACAACUCGGAUAUUAUCCAGGCCAUCUUCACAGACUCAACCGGCCAACAGUGUGUUAAACUAAAACCAGGCUUGACCACAGAGCAUUUCGAGCUGUUCCCCAAGGACGCCUGGGAUCUGCUUGUGUCGUGGUACGGUCUGGCUCCUGGCCAGAUUCCCAUCGUCCGCUAUGCUCACAAUACGGCCCCCGAUUCGGUGAGCCUGCCGUCAAUUCAGUUUGAAUUCCACCCGCCGAUGUUUACGAUCCACCGACUGUGGUCCGCGGCAAGCCCGAUUCCAAUCAACAGCAGCAUCAAGUCCAAGAAUCCCCCUCCGCCGGUCGUGAUUCAGAGCACCUCAUACGGCUAUCACAAGUUCCUUAAGCUGAUCAAGGAGCUCACUGACAUCUCUAUGGAUCGUAAAAUCCGUGUCUGGAGAGUUUUGCAAACUAUCCCCGCCACCGAGCGCAACACCCCUGAGCCUUCAGGGAUGAAGACCCCUCCUGAAUCGCCUGGCCGGACUGUUGAGUUUCUUACACAGGCCCCGACCGCGCCUGGCUCGUGGCCAACGCUCCUUGUAGAUGUCGAGACUUUCCUGAAGCUUGAGAAGGGCGUUGACCGUGACCUGGUUGAUGCUGAUGACUCUACCACCAACCCCAAUUACAAUGGGAGCAAGAGCUUGUCGAUUGUGGGGCUUGCUGUGGACCAGACUUUGGUUCUUGAUGAACAGAUUAAAGAGCUCGGUCAAGUGUACGUGUCUACUUUUAGCCCUUCAAGGGACAUGCCACUCCCCGCGAAGGCAAAUUCCAGCAACAGCAGCAGCAGUCUCGCAGCCCAUCCCCGUGCCAAUACCAGUAGCCGCAGCAGCCCGGCACUUCCUGGGACGCAGGCUAGGGGUCGGCUGCCACAAAAGCCUGGACGCACUAUGGGUUGCGUUGGUCUGCAAAACUUGGGCAAUACCUGCUAUAUGAAUUCUGCCUUGCAAUGCUUGAGGAGCGUUGAGGAACUCACCAAGUAUUUCCUGACCCAUGAGGCUAAGAAAGAAAUCAACCCUGAUAACCCGCUGUCGCACAACGGCGAUGUCGCUAUGGCGUACAGCCGGUUGCUAGAUGAGAUUUACAAGGAUCCGACUCCUGCAUCAGUUGCUCCCCGACACUUCAAGAGCAUCAUUGGUCGCUAUGCCCCCGCCUUUUCGGGCUAUGGGCAGCAGGAUACCCAAGAGUUUCUCGGUUUUCUCCUUGAUGGUCUUCAGGAAGAUUUGAAUCGCAUCAAAAAGAAGCCAUACAUCGAGAAGCCCGAUUCGACUGAUGAUAUGAUCAACAAUCCUGCGGCCAUCAAAGAAAUGGCUGAUAAAGUCUGGGACAUCACAAAGAAGAGAGAUGACUCAGUCAUUGCAGAUCUCUUCACUGGCAUGUAUAAGUCCACUCUUGUCUGCCCUCAGUGCGACAAAGUCAGCAUCACGUUCGACCCUUUCAAUAACUUGACUCUGCCGCUGCCCAUCAGCAAUGUAUGGACCCACAAAGUCAAGUACUACCCGCUCAAUGAUGCCCCAGUUGAGAUCAACGUUGAUAUGGAUAAGAACAGCACCAUCAGGGCCCUCAAGCAGUUCAUUUCAGCACGUGUUGGUGUUCCAGUUGAGCGUCUCUUCGCAGGCGAGGAGUUCCAGUCCAAGUUUUUCAAGUUCUACGAGGAUAGGGGCAUCGUUGCGGAGGUUAUUCAAAAAUCUGAUAUAGCUGUGGUGCACGAGCUUGAGUGUGCACCCACAAAUGCACACCUCGUGAAGAACACGGAGAAUCGUCAGAAGUUCCGUGCCCGCUCGCCAUCCAACGAUGAAGAGUCUGCCAACUCUGCUGAUGACCCCUUGGCAGAGCGUUUGCUGGUUCCUGUCAUUCACCGCAUUACGCCUUCGGAGGCAUCGUCUAGGAAGCGUCUCGGCGGCCGCAAGGCCAGCGACUAUGUCCCACCCCCACAUUUUAUUGUGCUAAACCGUGAGGAGGCUCGAAAUCUUGACGUCAUUCGCAGGAAGAUCCUGGAGAAACUGGCUACAUUUACGACCCUUCCCGAAUUGGCUGGUUCAGAUGAUACAGAUACGUCUGAGACGACAGAUGCUGAGAUGGUUAACAACACGUCAGAUGCCGACUCUGCAGGCGACACAAAGAUUGUUGUCAAGUCAGUCGAGGGUGAAGAAGACAUGGUGGACGUCACGAUGAAGGAUGCUCCGACCGUGAUGGACAAGCCUGGUUCUACUCCUGCCUCUGCCGCAUCAGACGAUUAUCCCAUGUUGCUGAAACAAUUCAAAAAACAGCGGCCUAAGUGGCUUGAUCCACGGGAGUUCCUUGAGCCCAGGUUGCAGAAUCUCUUUGAUCUCACCUAUUUCACUGACGGGCCAAACACGAUCCCCACAGGGUGGGAGGUGAAUAAUGAUCAUGAUGAAUUUCCUACAUUGGCUUCUAGGUUACCCAAGCCGCCCGCUUCAGAUGUGGACAUGCGCAGUCCAGGCCCCGAUAGAUCGGAGGAGAGUGCCAGUGACGAAUCCCCGCAGGCGACAGCUGCUAUCACUCGCAUGGCUGACGAGUCCAGCGAUGAGGAUGAUGAGUUUCCACUUCCGAUAAAGCCGCACAAGACUUACGGCAAGAAGGGCAAGAAGCGUUCCGAGAAACAACAACGGUCUGCUCGGUUCUACCAGCACCAACAGUCUCCAGUAUCCCGAGUCGAACCUGAGGAGCUUCCCAGCGGUGCUUUGAUCGGUGUUGGCGAAGGCAUCAUGGUCGAGUGGACCGAGAGCUCGCUUGAAUGGGUUUUUGGUUCCGAAGAGAGCAGUCAGGGGGCAAGGACCUUUGUUAACCUACCUGUGCUGGAUGAUCCUACAUUGGAUGCCAAGCGGAAGGCUCGUACGGAGCGAAAGAGGCGGGGCAUUACCCUCGAUGAUUGCCUGGAUGAGUUUGAAAGCGAAGAGGUACUCUCUGAGAACGACUGCUGGUACUGCCCUCGCUGCAAGGAGCACGUGCGCGCCACUAAGAAGUUUGAUUUGUGGAAGACACCAGACAUCUUGGUGGUUCACUUGAAGCGGUUCAGCUCUCACGGUUGGCGACGUGAUAAACUCGACAUUCUGGUCGACUUCCCCAUUGAGGGGCUUGACCUGACCAGGCGUGUAAUUGAUCAGGAGCCUGGCAAGCAGUACAUCUAUGACCUCAUUGCUGUUGACAAUCACUACGGUGGUCUCGGUGGAGGCCAUUACACUGCCUAUGCCAAGAACUUCUUUGAUGGCCAGUGGUAUGAGUACAAUGAUGCGUCCGUGUCUAAGACACAUGACCUCUCUAGGAUGGUCUCACCUGCCGCCUAUCUGCUUUUCUAUCGCCGCCGGUCAGACAUUCCUCUUGGUGGGCCCAAGUUCCAAGAGAUUUGUGACAAGUACAAUAGCAUGCUCAUGUCUUCCAAUGCCGAUGAUGAUGGGUCGGAUUCGGGGGAAGGUCGGCGUCUCGGCCAAGGCUCCUCCCUUCGUGGAUCGCCGAGCGCCUCGACCGGAGCCGUUCCAACUCUCCCGCUAGGAAAUCGUGGUUUGGCUAGACUCGCAGUGGAUCCAGAGCUGCCUUCCUACCAGGCGAGCAUCUCUGCCGCGGCCGCUGACAUCGUCGAUGAUGACGACACCGACAUGGGUGCUCAGCUAUCCUGGAGCAACCAAGAGACACUGCACAACAGUAUCGAGGCUGAUGGCGAGGAUGAAGGUAUUGGUAUGGCUGACUUCGACGGCGCAACUGCCAUGGCUGGUAUGACCUCUGUCAUUGGUCCUACCUGGAACUUUGACAACAUUACCCCAGGCAAGCAUGGGUCCGACGUCAUGGGAGACGAUGAUGCCGAGAUCGCUAGCGACGUUGCCCAGGGCGAUGGCUCAUCCAUCAACAACGAUGAUGAUGACGAUGAUGAUGACAGCGAUGCCCUGAAUCAGGCAGAGUUUGGUGACAUCAUCCCCCCUGAACCUAGCACGAAGUACGUGGAGCCUACGGAACCAAUUACUCCAUUUCCUACCUAUCAAGAGCCGCCUCCCGCCUCAACAAACCAAGUGCCGGCACAGCUUAUGAGCAAUUUUGCUGUUCAGGCUUGGGCCGAGAGGAAUGCUGUUCAUGAAGUCCCGCCCGCGGCGGCAAGUGCAGACGAUGAUCGGGCCAGUGAUAAGGUCAUGGAGAUUCACGUCGCCAGUGAGGAGGAAAUGAACACUACGUCGACUGCUACCGCUCCUGCUGUCGUGGCACCUGCCCCUCCAUCUUCCCCUGCCCCUGUGGCAUCUGCUACAGAGGACAAGAAGACUGAUGCUUAG